CAACAAUAAGACUACCCUUAUCUAGAAAAGAAUGAGCAGUGACGAACUUCUGAAUCAAAAUUUCCAUGGCAUUCUCUGCAGCUCUAUCACAUAGCUCAUUCUCAUGCCUAUCAACAUUCUCAAAAUACCCUAGAAAAAUACCAACUGGGCACUUAAAAUUGGUAAGAGCUGUGAAAUCCUCUGAACCACAGAAUGAGAAGAUUGCCCAGACUGAAGCAAAAGAGAGUUCAUCGUCCAAUGCAAAACCCGCUGUUACAGCACCUCCCAAGCCCAAAAAACCUGUUUAUUCUAUGAAAAAGGGCCAGAUUGUGAGAGUGGACAAGGACAAAUAUCUCAACAGUGUAAAUUAUUUAUCUGUGGGGCAUCCUCCUUAUUACAAAGGCCUGGACUACAUAUAUGAAGACCGUGGAGAGGUGCUGGAUUUGCGUUUCUUUGAAACAGGAGAAUACGCGCUUAUAGCAUGGGUAGGAAUACCAACUGCACCAGCUUGGCUCCCCACAGACAUGCUCAUCCAGUCAGAUAAGCUGAAUUAUGAGAGAAUGUAAUAAAGGCUUGCUCCUGAGGUACAAAAGGAUACAUGGGAUUAGUCUGAUUAAUGUUCAAAGAUUCAUUAUUUUUGCUUUUCUCAUAGUAAUACAAGGUAUUCUCAAUUUAGCCAUGUUUCUUAUAGUAUUAUACUUUCUAUACACAUGAAGAAAGUUAUUACGUUUCAAAUUUGUCACU